CGGGGGCCACGCCCUCCGGGCCCUGGGGGCCUCGCGCGCGACGGUGGGGUGGAGCUAGCCUCGUGACCUUUUACCCCAGCAUGGCUGCGCCCGUGGGACUGGUGAAGUUCUGGCGACCCGGUACAGAGGGGCCAGGUGUAAGCAUCUCUGAAGAGAGACAAAGUCUGGCUGAAAACUCUGGGACAACGGUUGUUUACAACCCUUAUGCUGCCCUUUCCAUAGAGCAGCAGAGGCAGAAGCUGCCGGUAUUCAAGCUUAGGAAUCAUAUUUUAUACUUGAUAGAAAAUUAUCAGACAGUGGUGAUUGUUGGUGAAACGGGAUGUGGGAAGAGCACACAGAUUCCUCAGUACCUUGCAGAAGCCGGCUGGACAGCUGAAGGAAGAGUGGUAGGAGUGACCCAGCCUCGAAGAGUGGCUGCUGUUACAGUUGCAGGGAGAGUAGCUGAAGAAAGGGGUGCAGUGCUGGGCCACGAGGUGGGCUACUGCAUCCGCUUUGAUGACUGCACAGACCAGCUGGCCACGAGAAUUAAGUUUCUUACUGAUGGAAUGCUGGUCAGGGAAAUGAUGGUUGAUCCGUUGUUAACAAAAUAUAGUGUCAUCAUGCUGGAUGAAGCCCACGAGAGGACCUUGUACACUGACAUUGCCAUUGGCUUGCUAAAAAAGAUUCAGAAAAAGCGAGGGGAUCUUCGAUUGAUUGUGGCUUCAGCCACUCUGGAUGCGGAUAAAUUCCGGGAUUUCUUUAAUCAAAAUGAAACCAGUGAUCCAGCAAGGGAUACAUGUGUGAUCCUUACAGUGGGAGGGCGAACAUUUCCGGUGGAUAUCUUUUAUCUACAAAGUCCUGUUCCAGAUUAUAUCAAAUCAACUGUGGAAACUGUGGUGAAAAUUCACCAGACAGAGGGAGACGGAGACAUUUUAGCAUUUCUUACUGGCCAGGAAGAGGUAGAAACUGUUGUGUCAAUGCUCAUUGAGCAGGCUCGAGCACUAGCUCGCACUGGGAUGAAGAGACACCUCCGAGUUCUCCCCAUGUAUGCAGGACUGCCUUCCUUUGAGCAAAUGAAAGUGUUUGAAAGGGUGUCGCGCAGUGUCAGAAAGGUGAUAGUGGCCACCAAUGUGGCAGAAACCUCUAUCACAAUCAGUGGCAUUGUGUAUGUGAUCGACUGUGGCUUUGUGAAACUCCGAGCCUACAAUCCCAGGACAGCUAUUGAAUGCUUGGUGGUGGUGCCAGUCUCCCAGGCAUCAGCUAACCAGCGAGCAGGACGUGGUGGUCGUAGUCGCUCGGGAAAAUGUUAUCGCCUUUAUACAGAGGAAGCCUUUGACAAGUUGCCUCAGUCUACGGUUCCUGAGAUGCAGCGUAGUAAUUUGGCACCUGUCAUCCUGCAGCUGAAAGCACUUGGAAUUGACAAUGUCCUCAGGUUCCACUUCAUGUCGCCCCCUCCAGCACAGUCGAUGGUUCAAGCCUUGGAGUUACUGUAUGCUCUGGGAGGUCUGGACAAAGACUGUCGCCUGACUGAACCGCUUGGCAUGAGAAUUGCAGAGUUUCCUUUGAAUCCCAUGUUUGCCAAAAUGCUGCUUGAAUCAGGAAACUUCGGCUGUUCUCAGGAAAUUCUAAGCAUCGCUGCCAUGAUGCAGAUCCAGAAUAUCUUUGUGGUCCCCCCAAACCAGAAGUCUCAGGCAAUUCGAGUGCACCGUAAAUUUGCUGUGGAGGAGGGCGACCACCUCACUAUGCUCAACGUAUAUGAAGCAUUUAUCAAACACAAUAAGAACUCUCAAUGGUGUCAGGAACAUUUUCUGAAUUACAAGGGUCUUGUCAGAGCUGCGACUGUAAGAGAACAAUUGAAAAAGCUUCUUGUCAAGUUUCAAGUGCCCAAGAAGUCUAGUGAAGGUGACCCGGAUCCGGUUCUGAGGUGCAUUGUCUCUGGCUUCUUCGCCAAUGCAGCGAGGUUUCAUUCUACUGGAGCUUAUAGGACCAUCCGUGAUGACCAUGAGCUGCACAUACACCCUGCGUCAGUCCUCUAUGCAGAGAAGCCGCCUCGCUGGGUUAUCUAUAACGAAGUUAUACAAACCUCCAAGUAUUACAUGAGAGAUGUGACUGCCAUUGAAUCGGCCUGGCUGUUGGAGCUGGCUCCACACUUUUAUCAACAAGGAACGCAAGCUUGUACCCUCCAUGUGGGCAGAGGCCGUGUCUUUAUCUCCAUCCUUGAGCAUGGGUACCUGGCGUGUCGAGAUGCUUGCACCUGUCUCUGAAAGCCAAAAGGGCCAAGGUCCAGGACCAGUGAGAGGAGCCCACAGCCGUGGCUGCAGGGACUGCUGGUGUCCUCUCCUCCAUGCUGCUGCCCCUGGCCCCAGGUGGGGUGAGCUGGCACAAGCUCCUGUGGAAUGUUUGGUUGCUCUGAAGGGGGCUGCGGCCUGUUCAUUAGUCCUUUCUUCCCGCUGCCCACAGCAUUUGCGUCCUUGCUGGGAUCUUGGAGGACUUUGUGCAUGGGCAGGCAUCCUUCUGUGCUGCAGCGGGCAGAGUGGGAGUUGGCUCACUCAGCACUCUCACUAACCCAGCAUGCCACUUCCAGCAGGCACGCAGCCCUGGCCCAGCUCUAUGGGUAACAAGCAGGAAAGUUAGCCACUGAAGGUCGAAACACCAUGUGGGGUGGACAGAGCGUUUGCUGGGCUGGCUUUGCUUUCCCUCCUGGGGCCACGGCUGUGUUAACCAAUGAGGUCCGCUGCCAGGUGUGAACAAGCGUGUCGCUAUGAAGGAACAAAACAUUGGGGAUCUCUGCCGAAACCACCAAGGGGCAUGUCUGAUGGGCACAGGGGCUCCCAAACCCACUGGCUUCUGUCUGUCUUCAGCCCAUGUCCCUGUUUUUCUGCAGCCAGGAGACUUGCAAGGGAUUGGUGAUUGACAGAGAGGACUCAUGCGCUGUUUUGUGUUAGCCGAGGAUUUGUGUUUCACAAGUGGGCUUAGCGUCCUCUCAGAGUGCAGUGCCAGGUCCUGGUGCCACGCUAGCUGAGCACUCAGGAGAGUUCAUCAGCUCAGAUCCCGCAGGGCCUCCUCUUUAGCAGGAAUUCACAACAGUUUGGAUGCCCUAAACUUCUGUAGCUCAGGAACAUCACUGGUGUAUUUGUUUUUUUGUUUGUUUGGGUUCUUGCAAGAGCGCGCGGGGGCGGUUCUUCCAGCAGGCACUGGUUUUGUUGCCCCGGGGCUGCUUUGCUGUGAUGAUGAUUACAUUUCAACACAUGCCAGAUGCAGAUUUUUUCCCUUACUGUUUCAAUGACCUUUAUUUUAAAAACACAUAGCUUGAACAUUUAUUUUUAUACUGAUAUUAGUUUGGAUGUGCCACUUUUGGCACCAAACGUGUAUGUCAUUUUUAUUUCCAUUUUAUAAACAUGUAAAUAAUAGUGAUAACUUGUUAAUAAUAGUAAACCUUUCUACCUAAAGUAAAUGUCUUCCCUCCCACA